AUGGGAGAAGUUCCUCCGGAUGUUGUGGAAGAAAUGCGUGAACUUUCAGACAGUGUGCCCGGUUUGAAAACGCGAUACAAACUGCUGGACAAGAUCGGCGAAGGAACGUUUUCUUCAGUGUACAAGGCCGAAGACUUGACGGGGAAAGUGGUCAAGAGGUUUUCGCGCCAUUUCUGGGAUAUUUCUAGCCGGCAGGAUAAACGAUAUGUGGCCUUAAAAUGGAUUUACGUUACCUCAUCGCCCACUCGAAUUUACAACGAACUGAACCUUUUGUACAUGUUGUGUGGAUCUACACGGGUAGCUCCGCUGUGCGAUGCACUGCGACACCAGGACCAAGUUGUAGCUAUUUUGCCAUGGUAUCGACACGAAGAAUUUCGGAAUUUCUAUCGCGACUUACCGAUAAAAGGCAUAAAGAAAUACAUGUCAGAACUGUUACAAGCCUUAAGUUUCGUGCAUUCCAAGGGAAUCAUUCAUCGUGACAUUAAGCCUACAAAUUUCCUGUACAAUCCGCAAAUAGGUUGUGGCGUCCUCGUGGAUUUUGGUCUGGCUGAGAUGGAAAACAACACCAUACGCGAUACGCGAAAUUCCAAAGAUUCACGCUCAUUGGAAAAUUACUGUCCCUGCGACGUAAGUGAAACUCAUGGUACCGCCGGGUCGCAGCCUGCAUUCCCAAAGAGUAAACAUCCAGUUGUCACACCUACCACUACCCCCACGUUAGUGGAUUUGACCAAAGGGUACCCCAAGUACGAAACACGUCGCAAUAAACGCGCCAAUCGAGCUGGUACUCGAGGCUUUCGUGCUCCAGAAGUGCUGAUGAAGUGCCCUAAUCAAUCUACCAAGAUAGAUAUAUGGUCAGUGGGUGUUAUACUACUAAGCUUCCUCGGAAGACGUUUCCCCAUGUUCCAGAGUCUCGACGACACAGAUUCUUUGCUAGAGUUGUGCUGUAUAUUUGGAACCAGCAAGAUGAAGAAAUGUGCCGCGUUGCAUGGGCUAGGAUUCAGUGUUAGUGGACUCGAAGGCAUAAGUGAAGAGGGUUACAAAGGAGGUUUAGCGGAUUUUAUUCAAGAACUUCUACACGCGGAAGUCGAAGCAGGAACUUUUCCCAGCUAUUCUGUUGCAUUUGAAACGUACGAGUAUUUGGUGAGCAGGUCAUCGGGGGAAAAUAUCGCUCCUUCGCUCCGACGUCAAAGUCCAGAUUUAAUGGCCGACCACGAGCUCAAAAAAUACCAUGACGAAGUCUGGAGUGAUCAUUACUGGUGUUUAGAAGUUUUGGAUCAGUGUUUGACACUUGAUCCUCAUAAGAGAAGUACUGCUGACGAGCUGCUUUCAUCUACUUUCUUCAGCGAGCUUGUGGAUUCAGACGUCACGGAAGAGAAUGAAGAUGAAGACGAUGUUCUAAUAAUCGACAAGUAA